CACCCAUCUCACACUAGUAUAAACAUGUACCUCUAACACCAUUUCUACCCUCCCGUUCUCAUACACCCGCCGUCAACUGCCAUGACGAACCGCGCACCAAAUAUCUGGACGCAAAUGAACUACGUUCCGCCUCGCGGUCAAUGCAACUUCAAGCAAUCCGUACUCUCGCCACGAUGCCCUUGUUUGCGCUUCAUGCUACAUCCGCUCAAGUCUUCAUCCUCGUACGAAUGCGACGGCUGCACCCACCACGCCUCGUUCCAUAGCCUGGAGAACAAGAUGGAGGACGAGGUCCGGAAACGAUGGGAGCAGGAAGUGCGGGACAGGGCGGAGAAAGAAGAAGAAAGCAGGCCGAAGAAGAGGACGAGGGUUAUUGAGUAUAGGGCGCAUGAGGAGGGAAUGGAGGUUGUGGGAGGGCAGACGAAUGGGAGGAAGGGAAGAUCGGCGGGUGUCAGGACUAGGGGUAGGACUACGGACAAUGCCGACGAGGAUAUGGAGGUUGUGGAGGUGGAUUGAGGAUGUGAGGUAUGGUGUGGUUGCGAGGGCGUUUGGAGUGUUUACCUGCGUGUGAUACCCCUGAGGAUUUGUUUACGGCGCAAGGAUCAACUUACUUGACGAUCGUUCAUAGGCGACUCUCGAUUUUCCAGAUCCAGAGCAAAUAAGACUAAUUAUACGCG